AUGAGCAAUACACGUGCGACACGUGCGGCGCCGUCACCGCCGUCCGCGGCAGCAGCGAACGACAAAAAAGGCCCCACGCCGAACGAUAUUUUGCAAACUGCGCGACUCUCGCUGGAGUUGCCAAAGGCUGACGAAGUGUGGUCGGCGUGGUACAGGGAGUCCGAGGACAAGUUCGCGGACUUUCAGUCCUUCGGCGACACGGAGGGUGGGGCCAACGCCGCAGCCCCGGGGACUGCCAAUGCCAGCGGCAGUGUCGCCCCGCGUAGCAGUUCUCACCGCACGCUUAGUGCGCGACGGAUCAGCGGGCAGUUUGAGGAGGAGGUGGUGAAGUCGUGGGAGGAGGACUGGGAGGAUGAGGACGUGGAGGACACAUUUGACGCCAUCAUGGGGCAGGUUGGCCGCUACGAGGCCUCGAGGGCCGCCUCUGCGAUCAAGUGA